AUGAGAACACCCUCCCCCGAUAAAAGAGAUCGCGAGUCCUCUUCCUCUAUCGAGAUGACACCCUCACCCGGCUCUACCACCACCGAAUCUACGACCAGCCAACCUUCGCAUACCGGGUCUACAACCGACGAUUCUAUAAUCCACUCCUCUCCAACCAGCAACGUUUCAUCCACGGGGUCGACAGUUCUCGGAUCUACACCGUCUGAAUCCACAGACAACGAAGCCUCAGACAGCCAGUAUUCCGAAUCCGAAUCCGAAUCCACAAUGACUGGAGGCCGUACAGAUGCACAAUGGUGGGAACUUCGCGAGGGUUGGAUCUUGCAUCGCUACAAAGAGAAGACGGCGUUUACGUGCCAUCAGUGUAACAAGAAGAAAACGGAUAUUCUUGUGGCGAUGAAGCCGGAGAAGAAUUGGGAUAACAUGUGUUGCAAUGCUUGUUUUUGCAUGAAAAUUGGGCAGGACUCAGAUGAAUGGAACUUGAUACAUGUAGAUGGAGUCGAUCAUAUUUGGUAG